CAGGAGAUGCGGAAGCUGUUCAGCAUCCCGGACGAGAAGGAGACGCGGCUGUGGAACAGGUACAUGAGCAACACCUUUGAGCCGCUGAACAAGCCGGACAGCACCAUCCAGGACGCCGGCCUCUAUCAGGGACAGGUUCUAGUGAUCGAACAGAAGAAUGAAGACGGCACGUGGCCUCGCGGCUCUUCAGCACUCAACAGCAUGAAGAGCUCCAGCUACAGCCUGCCGUCCUACCCGCCCUACAGCAGCUACGAGUCCUCGGAUCCGGGCCGGCGCGCCGAGAGAGCCGGCCUCUGCGGCCUGUCCAACCUGGGGAACACCUGCUUCAUGAACUCAGCCACACAGUGUCUGAGCAACAUCCCUCCUCUGACCGAGUACUUCCUGAAGGACAAGUACCAGGACGAGCUGAACCAGGACAAUCCUCUGGGCAUGAAGGGCGAGAUCGCCAAGGCCUACGCCGAAGCUCAUCUGUGGUCUGGGAAAUGCAGCUACGUCACGCCGCGCCCCUUCAAGACGCAGGUGGGCCGGUUCGCGCCUCAGUUCUCGGGCUAUCAGCAGCAGGACUCUCACGAGCUGCUGGCCUUCCUGCUGGACGGACUCCAUGAAGACCUGAACCGCAUCCGCAAGAAGCCCUACAUCCAGCUGAAGGACGCCGACGGCCGGCCCGACAAGGUGGUGGCGGAGGAGGCCUGGGAGAGCCACAUCAAGAGGAACGACUCCAUCAUCGUGGAUAUAUUUCACGGCCUGUUCAAGUCCACCCUGGUGUGUCCCGUGUGCUCGAAGAUCUCGGUGACCUUUGACCCCUUCUGCUACCUGACGCUGCCUCUGCCCAUGAAGAAGGAGCGGACGCUGGAGGUGUAUCUGGUGUGGCUGGACCCGCUGGCCAAACCCACACAGUAUAAGCUGACAGUGCCUAAAGUGGGCUCCAUCUCGGACCUGUGUGCGUCGCUGUCGGCUCUGUCGGGCGUCCCGGCUGAGAAAAUGAUCGUGACGGACAUCUACAACCACCGCUUCCACCGCAUCUUCGCCAGCAACGAGAACCUGAGCAGCAUCAUGGAGCGCGACGACAUCUACGUGUUCGAGGUGGCCGUCAGCCGGCUGGAGGACACGGAGCACGUGCUGAUUCCUGUUCACCUGCGGGAGAAGUACAAGCAGUCGGGCUUCAACCACACCAGCACGCCGCUGUUCGGCCAGCCCUUCCUGCUCAGCGUCCCGCGCUCCGUCAGCGAGGACAAGCUCUACAACCUGCUACUGCUGCGCCUCUGUCGUUUCAUUCGUCCGGCCGCGGAGGACGAGGAGUCGCAGGAGACGCUCUCGCCCAAGCAUCCCUCCAUCAACGGCAGCGCCACCAAUGGUGUGAUGGAGGAGGGCUCGCCGAGUGAGAUGGAGACGGACGAGCCGGACGACGAGUCCAGUCAGGACCAGGAGCUGCCCUCGGAGAACGACAACAGCCCGUCGGAGGACUCGGUGGGACUCGGAGACAACGAGCUGGAGAACGGCGUGGACCCCGGCAAAGGCCCGACGCUCACAGCCCAGAAAAAGAGGCUCUUCACCUUCCAGUUCAACAACAUGGGGAAGAGCGACGCCAACUUCCUGAAGGGAGAGAUCCGCUUCGACGAGGACCACAUGCGGCUCAGCGAUAGAUGCUACCUGUCCCUGGACUGGGAGCCAGAAAUGAAGAGGAGGUACUUCAAGGAAGCUGUGGCGGAGGACUUCGAUAAGCAUGAGAGUAUGGAGUACAAGCCGCAGAAGAAGAGCUUCUUCAAGCUGAAGGACUGCAUUGAGCUCUUCACCACCAAAGAGAAGCUCGGAGCAGACGACCCCUGGUACUGUCCGCACUGCAAGCAGCACCAGCAGGCCACCAAGAAGCUGGACCUGUGGAGCGUGCCGCCGGUGCUGGUGGUGCAUCUCAAGCGCUUCUCCUACAGCCGCUACAUGAGGGACAAGCUGGACUCGCUGGUGGACUUCCCUCUGCGGGAUCUGGACAUGUCGGAGUUCCUCAUCAAUCCUAACGCGGGGCCGUGCCGCUACGACCUCAUCGCCGUCUCAAACCACUACGGAGGCAUGGGAGGAGGACACUAUACUGCCUUCGCCAAGAACAAGGAGGAUCAGAAGUGGUACAGCUUUGACGACAGCAGUGUGUCGCCGAGCAGCGAGGAGCAGAUCGUGUCCAAGGCGGCGUAUGUGCUCUUCUACCAGCGGCAGGACACUGUUAAAGGCACGGGCUACUUCUCCCUGGACCGCCAGGCUCCGGACGAGGACGAGGACGAGGACCAGGCCAGCGCCGGCGCUCAGAGCGAGGAGGAUCUGAACGACAACCAGCCGGAGGAAGAGCUGGGCCCCAGCCGCGACGUGUCCAUGAGCUCUUGAGCAGCGGGGGGGGGAGCAUCAUCAGCAGUAGUAGCACCUGCAGUCCACGGAGCCGCCCCUGGGAUGCAGGCCGUGCUUCUGCUUGGGUCUUGUGUUUCUGCAUGAGUGAAGAGUGAGCGCUUGUUUGAUUCUGUAUAUAACACUGAACGCACUACUGACUGCUCCGUUCUCGUGCACAAUCACUGCGUUUGUUUUAGCGUGUCAGCGGCGCGAGGUCACAGCUCCGUGUUUCGAUACGUCUGUCGGUUUCCUUUCACCUCAGCCUUAACGGGAAUCUCAGACUGUCGCCUUUCCUUCGCGCAGAGCUCACUUGUGUAAGUCACAGCUGUGCAUGAAUGAGGAGGACCAUAGCGCUCCAGCCGUUUCCCUGCUUGGCCUUUGGUUUUGAUGAAUGUUCUCGCUCGGUUCUUUUCUGUGGGAAGCGACAGGCGUAGGUUGUGCUGACGGACUGCUUAGGUUCAUAAAUACUGUACAUAAGAGUUCACUCUGUGAGUGCACAUUUGAUAAAUCUAUUUAUUUAUAAUACGGAGGGCAGAACAUGGACUGAAUGUGGCUUCUUCGGUCGAGGGCUUCUUGCCAGCACUGCAUCCAUCUACAGGACGCGGAAUCGUCGGAGGGUUUUUGUACAGUGACAUCCUUGCAUGAUUCGGGGAUUUCCUUUAGCUGCACUUGAGUUCACUUUGGUUUACAUUUGAAAUGUGCAUGUGUAUUUAUAUCCGGACUUCAAUAAAUCUGAGUAAAGUCUG